GACAGAAAGAAACUCAUAUCAUUGUCAUUACAUCAAAAUUAUACAUAAACGAAAUGUCAGGCAUAUUUGGAAAAAUAUUUACGCGACAUUAUUUCACUACUCCAUCAAUUAGAGCACGCGAAUGUCCAUCCAGACCAUCUGAUUUUGGUCACCAUCCACCAGGAAGUUAUAAAUUUUUCAAAAAAAUAUCGCUGCUUGGAGCUAUUCCAGUUAUAAUUCUUCUGACUGCAUAUAACGUUGCGAAAAAAAGAAUGUGUGAAGAAGGAAGGCCUCCAUUUGUUAAAUACGAAUACAUGUUUAGAAGAACUAAAGCGUUUCCGUGGGGCGAUGGAAAUCAUGGCCUGUUCCAUAAUCCGAAAGUGAAUGCUUUACCAGAAGGCUAUGAAGACGAAAUAGAAGAAAUGGAAGGAGAAGAUUGCUAAUCAAUAAUUUAGCUAGAAAUGUUAGGUGCUAUAGUUAGAAAACAAACCAAAUAAAUUACUGUACUACUACUAUGUCUAAACGUCAACGUUUCGGUCAGAAGUACCACUGACCGUUAUCAAGUGUGAACUAAACUAAAUCCUAAAACUACUGAGCUUAUAUACUAGAGCCGAGCAUUCACCCGUGAAUUUGUUCGGUGCAGUCAAGCUUGAGGUUUUGGUGAACACCUGCAUUGGAGCGUUUUAUGAGUGGUUGCCAUAUUGUUGAAAUUUCCAUACUUGAAUUGCUAAAGCUUUUAUUAUAGUUAGAAAUAAAUACGGCCCCUUUAAAUUUACGCUUUUUCCAAUGGGGUUCUUUGUGGACAACCCGGGCUUUCGACCAUUUGAUGUGGUGGUGCUUGGACCACACAUAAUCUGCAAAGCCCGACUUCAUUGUUUCACCUCUUUGCGUAUGUUAGUUUUAGGAUUUAGUUUAGUUCCCACUUGGUCAGUGAUACUUCUGGCCGAAACGUUGUGGAGCAAUUAAAUUGUACUCUACUGCAUAUACUGCCAUUACUACCAUGGGUUUUAUAAAGAUCUACUUGAAAAUAUACACACAUCAAUGAAUAA